AGACUCAAGAGUGUGCCAUCGAUCAGGGUUUAACAACAACAGUAAGCCCCAAACUUCGGACGAGCUAGAAGAUCUAAACACAAGGUAGAAGAAGCAGACACAAAAAUGGGGUUUGGAACCCUAAAAUCCCUAAUUCGUCCUCUUUCAAGAGCAUUCUCUGCCCAAUCUUCAAUUCGCUUAACUCCAUUACCACAUUCUUCUCCAUUUCUAUCCAAUUUUCUAUCUCCAAAACAUCAUCAACAACAACAAAAUCAUCAUUUUCCAGUAUUUUCUCACUUAAUUUCUAGGUCAAUUCAUCUGGAAUCUCUCUCCUCUUUAGCCCCUAAACCUUGCGAUCCAUUAACAAAUUCUCGCUUCCUUAAACGCCGCCCUAGUCUUACUUCUCGCCGCAAACGCUCUAGUCUCCGUCCCCCUGGGCCAUAUGCUUGGGUUAGUCAUGUACCUGGGGAGGCUGUUCCACCAAGUCAGCCUAAUGAAGGGAGUGUCAAGUUGAGGAAUGAAAAGAAACGACGAAGGCAGCGUCGUGAAUUUAUCAAGUCUGAAAGAAAGAAGCGCAAGGCUGAACUGCAGGAGGCAAACCGGAAGAAAAGGGAGAAGAGGAUUGAACGUAAGAUGGAAUCAGUUGCCAGAGAUAGAGAAUGGGCUCAGAGACUUGUAGAGCUGGAAAGACUUGAAGCACAGAAAAAGAAAACAGGUGCCUGAUAAUCUGCCUGAGACCUCGUCUUCCACACGCUAGUGAGCUGCUAAGAGAGACAAUCAAGGCUGAGAGGCCAUGGAUUGAACUUUUGUCAUUUGGUGCGGUUGAUAUUGUUACUCGCCUAUAUGUUAACAUUGUUGGCUAACCUCCUCCUACUUGUUGCAUAACAAUUGAAAAUGGCAUGUUUGCCUUUCAGUAUUGGACCAUAGACGUGUAAGAUUUUGUUCCUACCUGCAGUUUGAUUAAUAAGUAUUUUUUACACUGAAAUUAUCCUUAACCAA